AUGAUUGUAUCAAAGAGCGAAUGCUACAGUUUUGUUAUGCAUGGGGCAAGAGGUAAAUGGACCUCAGUUUUCGCAUCGUUUCUUAUCAUGGCCACUUCUGGUGCAAAAUACCUUUUUCCAAUCUACUCCAACAAUAUCAAGAGAAAUCUUGGAUACAGCCACUCAAUGCUCAGUACAUUGAGCACAUGGAAUGAAAUUGGUUCAAAUGCUGGGAUUUUGUCUGGACUUGUAGCCGAAGUCACUCCCACAAAGUUCAUGUUAGCAGUGAGCUCUGUCGCCAACUUCUUAAGCUACCUCAUGAUAUGGCUAGUUGUCACCGAAAAGGUUCACAAGCCACAAUUUUGGCUCAUGUGUGUCUACAUGUUCAUUGGGGCCAAUGCUCAGAACUUUGCAACCACAACAUCUCUUGUCACUUCCGUCAAGAAUUUUCCAGAGAGGCGAUCUAUGAUGUUGGGUCUCUUGAAGGGUUACUUUGGGCUUAGCGGGCCUAUACUUACUCAAAUUUACGUAUUCAUUUAUGGGGAUGAUUCAACAUCUUCAAUUCUUCUAGCAGCGUGGCUCCCAACAUCAAUAUCACUAUUAGUAAUGUACACACUUGGAGAGAAGGCGGUUAAGAUUAAUCAACCGAAUGAGCUUAAAGCUUUUUAUCACUUUCUCUAUCUAUCUGCUGUGCUUGCUGUGUAUUUGAUGACCAUGGCGCUAGUUAAAGAAUAUGUGGCCUUUUCCCGAGUGGGCAAUGUUGGAAGUGCACUAGCGUUGUGCAUCUUCUUGUUUGCACCUGUUGUGGUCGCCUCUCGACAAGAAGUAUUCAUUUGGAGGCAAAUGAAAGCACCUCCCACUACAAUAAUUGUUGAAAGCCCUCAAAGCGUUGAGCAAGAACAAAACUCUUCAGCUGAUCAAGCGGAAGAGGAUACUAUUAUUGUUGAGGAAGAACAAAAUUCUUCAACUGAUCAAGCAGAAGAAGAUAUAAUUAUUGUUGAGGAAGAACAAAAUUUUUCAGCUGAUCAAGCGGAAGAAGAUACAAUUAUUGUUGAGGAAGAACAAAAUUCUUCAGAGGAGACAAAAACAUCUUUCUUUGCAACCAUUUUUAACAAACCAGAGAGAGGACAAGACUACGGAAUAUUGCAAGCAUUAUUGAGCAUUGAUAUGCUUAUUAUCUUGCUUGCAACAUUAGUUGGAGUUGGCUCUUGCUUGACGGCCUUAUACAACAUGUCGGAAAUUGGUGAUGCCCUUCAAUAUGAGCCUAAGGCGGUAAUCAUCUUAUUGUUGCUGAUUAACUUAUGGAAUUUUGCGGGGCGAGUGUUAUGUGGUUUCAUAUCUGAAAAAUUAGUUAUGAAAUAUAAAGUUCCUCGCCCCCUUAUGUUAUCAGCAAUUCUUUUUCUCUCGUGCAUCGGGCUAUUGCUCAUCGCGUUUCCCUUCAAGGAUUCACUGUUUUUGGCGUCAGCAAUCAUUGGUUUUACACUUGGUGCACAACUGCCACUUGUUUUGGCCAUAAUUUCUGACAUCUUUGGCCUUAAGCACUAUUCUACUUUGUUCAAUUGUGGACAAAUGGCAGGUUCAGUUGGCUCAUAUUUGUUAAAUAAGGAGCUCACUGGAAGCAUUUACAAUGUAGAGGCAAUGAAGUUGCAUGGAAUGGAGGGUUUGGGAAAGCCACUGGUUUGCACGGGAAAAAAAUGUUUUGGCCUAUCUUUUACAAUAAUGGCCAUUGGAACAUUUUUUGGAGGUCUAAUUUCCUUGAUUCUGGCUACAAGAACGCAAGAAUUUUAUAAAGGUGAUAUACACAAAAGGUACAGAGUUACCAACGAGAAGACUAAGGUGGCAUCAUCUUUAACUGAAGAGGUGGCUGUCGAAUGA